AUGAGUAAGAGAAGAAGUCCGAAUUUUACAUCGCAGGAGAUUCAAAUUUUGAUAGACGAAGUGGAGAAGAAUAAGUCCUUACUUUUCAGCCAACACAGCAAUGUAGUAACAAACAGUGCUAAAAAGAAAACAUGGGAGGCUACAUGUUUCAAGAUCAAUGCAGUUAAUGAUACGGACAAUCUCCGAACUGUUGAAGAAAUUCGAAAAAAGUGGACUUGCUACGUUAGCAGUACGAAGCAAAAACUAGCUGAAAAUAAGAGAGAAACACGACGGACUGGAGGUGGUCCCCCUCCAAAUUCAGUCUCAGCAGUAGAGGAGAAAAUAGCUGGGAUAAUAGGAAACACUCCAAUUACUGGAAUCGAAGGCGGUAUAGAUACAUGCGAAACAACUGAAGAAUAA